GGCAGAAAUAGUUCGUGUGUGCAGGAAGAGGUACGAUCGCCUCGUAUGUGCCGUAACACUGUCAGUUACGAUUUUUCAAUCGAACGAAACAGGACGGAUUUAGGGAAUACGACGCACAUUCGGUGCUUGUGUAUUGUUUAGUGCCUCUUUCUAUCUGGUUCAGUUAUUGCGAGCUCAUCGUACAUACGAUAAAUUGAACGAUUUUUUUUUCGAAAUCGCGUUGAUAGACGAAAAAUGGGUGAUUUGUUUAUUCCAAUUAAUGACAAUUAAAUUCACUCGUUUCUGAAUAAUUUUGCCUUAUUUUCUUCAAUAGUUUUUAAAUUCGAACCAUUUUUCUUCGUCGUCGUUCAUCGUCAUCAUCAUUAAUUGCAAAGUGCUUAUUUUUUACAUACAUUCGGUGUUUGAUACAGUACAGAGUGACAAUUUCGCAAAAUUGCCCAACGUGAAACACAAUCUGAGACAUAAUAGCCGUUUGGCUGGAUUAAAUAAUAUUUAUAGAAUUCAUGCACCGAAUCAAAUAUUCAUGACAUUGAAAUUUUCUUCUUGCCCCGCGAUUAGUGCGACAAAAUUCAAUUUGAAUUGACAAAAAAAACUCUGGUGUGAAUAAAAAAAAGAAGUCGAAAACUCUGUGAUUUUCUGUGGUGCAAUUUUCACAAGAGAUGAUAUUCAGCGAAUGAAUUGUUGAUUGAACGAAAUUAGAUAUUUGAAAUUGUGUGUGUGAGUGUGUUGGCGAGCAAAACUGAAAAAUCAAAAUUCGUAGAUUUCUUCAAAAAUAUAAAUUUGUAGUGGAAUUAUGCACAAAAUUGCGAAAAUGAUAUGUUGUUCAGUGGGUCUAGAAGAGCCAAUUUGCUUGGAUCGAUUAUCGACAUCAAUUUUCCAUGUAAACAAUAUACAGUGAAUCUUUGAAGUGUUUUUUUUUGUGAAGGAAGAAGAAACAGAGUGUGUGUGAACUCUAUAAAAAGCAUCGCGUAUCAAAGGAACAUCACAUAAUAUAUCAAUAAUGGAUGUAGAUAAAAGGAAACUCGGAACGUGUAUCGUUCGUCAGUGUUUGUUGGUCGUUUUGAUCUCGUCGUUCGGUGCUAGCGUAAAAUUUGGCUUAAUUUCACCAAUAGAGGUAGUCGAGGAGUGGGGAUGCCAGGACACGGAAAUUCGAUUGACAUGCAGUAAUUUAGAUUCAACAAUCGCCAUACUUGAGGCCACAUUCAAACCAAAUUGCUCGUUGAGUGGACGCAAUUCAUCCAGUAGGAAUGCAACCGAUGAGAAUUGUGUUCAAUUCGAUUUGAAAAGACUAACACCGAAGCCAGUCCCACGCCUCGAUGAAACGGUUGCCGCACGACGACUUUUGGAAGUAUUACGUCGCAGCCAUAAAAAAGAGGAUGAUCGAACCGAACCGACGGUACAAACGGUGAAAACAGCAUCAUUUGAUUUUGGUCUAAAGCCAAAAGAUGAUGUCAACGAUUUAAAGCGAAAACGAUUGACUUUGAGAGCCUCAUUGGAAUCGCUACUUGUUGAAUAUUUACGCGGUUUUGCCCCGAACGAUGAUGACGGCUUUGCUGACGAUCGGUCGCGCGUUAAACGUAGUGCCGCUGCAACCGGGUUGCAAAACAAUGACGAUCAAAAUAGAAAUGAAAACAGUGACGCAGAAAAUGUAAACAGUUCAAAUGUGCGUGAAGACGAAAAUCGUGUACGAAAUAAUUACAGUGAUAAAAAUACAAAUGAAUUUGAUGUGGUGGCAGACGACCGAGCCAACCGAACGACGAAUGCAUCGAGAAGUUUUUGCCCCGAACGCAGACAACGUAUCACACAACUGGAUCGAAAUGAACUGACAAAAGCCAUUCAGAACAUUUCCGAGCAUGAACACAACAUUCGCAGUUUGCUAAAUUACAGAUGUUCCGGUAAAAACCACUGCAGCUUUGUGUUCAAUGAGGAUCAUCCAUUUUCGGUGCUGUGGCCAUACGGAAUCGUACACAUCAAAUACAUUUGCAUGGAACGCUAUCGCUUAAAUAAAUUCUGCGGUGAACAUUUGGUUGUAGUGAACGAAGUGCCGGAGCUCGAGCCAGAGGAGCCUGACGACAUGCCGCAACAACGUUCGUUACCCAAUGAGAAUGACGUUGAACGUGUACCGAGUGGAUUGCGCGAGGAGAAUCGCGAUGGACCCAUAGCCGAAGCUCUGAUUCAAAACGAACAAAUGUUUCAUCAUCUCAAAAUACUGAAGCCAUCACCAUCCGAAAUAGAAAACGAACGACGCAAAUCAGCAUUGGUCACUGAAAAAAUCGAUAAACCACGGAAAGGAGUCUACUCACAGGAUUUCCGUGUGAUGAAAGUGCUGCCAGCACAUUUGGAUGAUUUUAAUGACAUCGAAAAAAUUGCUGACGAAUUUUAUUUCAAAAAAGAAGAAGAAGAAGUGGAGAACGAGGAUAUCAUAAAUAGUGAGAAUUCGAUGCAUACAAAAACGACAACGACGACGGUUGGAUCAACGGAACCCACAGUUUAUACGAGUCACAUCAAUCCCAUCGAGCAUGCCGAUAACACAAAAAGUAUCAUCGAAAAUACGGUGUUCGAUAGCAGCAAUAAUGGGUUACGUGAUGUUCGAUCGACACUCGGCUACGAUGAAAUGCACAAUCAUAAGCACCUCUCAUCGCUUGUGCCCACAAUGCAAACAUCAGAAACGGCAGCAACGCACACACAACAACAAACCACCGUUAAUUUAUGGAAUAAUGAAUUACUUCCACCCAAUGUGAAUAUUUUCGAAACAGUACCCAUCGACAGCGGCAGCAAUGAUAUUUUUGCACCCAACGAAAACCAAACAAAUGGUCAAUCGAAUGCAAAAAUACGCAUCGAAAAUGAAUUCACUGUGAUAAACACAAACCGAGCAGACGUCGGAGAGAAGGAGAGCAUUGAGGAGAGUGAGGAAGAUUACGAUGCAAGCUACGAGGAUGAUGUGGUUGAAGUGACAGGACCAAAAGUUUGGCGCAAAAAUAAUCACCGAGCACACACAAGCUAUCAGAAAACGGCCAUUAGACAACCACUGUUGCAACAAGGAUUCAUCGCAUCGCCCGGUUAUCCAAAGUAUUAUGUAGGUAAUUCGAAUUGCAGCUGGCGAAUUACCGUUACAAGUGGCCAACGCAUUCGUCUUGUGUUGCUGGACGUUAAUUUGAGAUACGACCCUGUAUGCAAAGACUACCUUCAAAUUGUCGACGUUGAGAAUAGAAUAAUGCUGUAUAAAAACUGUACGGAAAUUGUAAAACCACUGGAAAUAUUGAGUGAAUCAAACGAACUGCAGAUUGCCAUCCGAACCACUUCAGCAUUGGCCUAUCCAAAGCGUGGAAUAUUAAUUUAUUAUACAGCACAUGGAUGCAUUCUUCCAACUGCACCGAACAACGGUCGAUUGGUGUCGAAAACCGAUGAUUCGGUGAAAUUUCUAUGUGAUCCAUCCUAUAUAUUCCCUGACACGUUUCAGAGCAGUCGCACAUUGUACUGCACCGAUCGAAAUACAUGGCAUGAUAGUCUACCAAAUUGUGUCGAGCACGCAUCAGUGAAAGUCAAGAAAGACGAUCCAUAUGUCACACAAUUAUGGAAACAAAGUAGACCGGGAGCAAAACCCGACCAGGCCGAUCCACUUUUCGAUAUUUUAAUUCCACUUUUAAUCAUGGUCGGACUCUUCGUUGGCAAUGCACUCAUUUUGUUGGUCAUAUGGCGAUAUAGAAAGAAGAGAAAAAAUCAGCAAGAAGAAGAAGGACUCGCCAGACUAUAAUUGUUCAGAGUAGAAAAAAAGUGUUAAUAUUUGCUGAAAAGAAAAUAUCUGUAUAUAUACAUACGAGGUGAUAUAAAGUAAUUGCAACAUUAUGACACGCAUCACAUGAGCAAUUCGGCUUUGGCUUUUAACAAUGUUUAUCAGUUGAUAUAGAGCAACAAAAUGUAUUGUUAUCUGGCUUUUUGACUCAGGACAAUUGUUAGCGGCGAAUAGAUUAUUUUUUAUCUUCCGACGCGUAAAUGGGAUUAUAAUGCCCAAAAAAAUAACAACAACAGCGAAAAAAAAACAAAAUGAUUGAGUCGUAUCUUUAAAAACAGCUUCGAAAUUGCACGUGAAAUUAUAAUGUUAUGCCAAAGAAAAAUGUUGCAUGUAUCCAUUGAUGUCCAAGGCAGCAGAACCAAAAUAGAUGUAAAAAAAAUUGAAAAAUGUUCUAGUGUAAAUAAUUUCAUGUCACUUUAUUAGACAAUAUGUGUCGGUUAAAGCAAUUCUUAUAUUUAGCAACUCUGUUUAGCACUUUAGUUUAAUUUUAUUUCAACCUGAUUGAUUCUUUUUAUUAACCAAAGGAUGUGGCACUGCCAUAGCCCCGUAGCUUAAAUAAUAAUUUAUUUCCCAUCGACUCUGAUUUUGUUUGUUCUUAUUUGUAUUCGUAUUGAACUCGUCAGCAUUUAAUUUAGAUUUUAUUUUUUAGUAAAUUAUACUCAUUUAAUAUUUACUUUAAACAUAUUUUUGUACAAAAUAUAACAGUUAACCAAGUGCUUUGUCAUUUAUUCAUUUUGAGGUCAAUCAAUUUUAUUGCAUUUCAUUUUGAAUUGUACUGAUUUUAUUGAUAUAUUUACCAAAUUUUCGACAAAUAAAACCAUAUUUGAGUAAUGAUCAAUUAUAACAGAAAGAAAUUCAAUAAAAUACAACUAAAAUUUAAAUAAA